UGCAAUCCACCCUUCCGGCCCGGCGUUCCACCAGCUGCUUGCACCUUCCGCCCAGCUUCGGCUUUCCGCGCGACGGUCGCCAAGUUCCAUUUUCGCGUUGCCUCUGCGGUGCCCGAGCCCGCAAUGUCGGGCCCCAACGGGGACCUAAGCAUGCCGGUGGAUGCGGGCGCGGAAGGCGAGAAUGACAGCUUCGGGGAAGCAGAGUACGCUGCCAUCAACUCCAUGUUGGAUCAGAUCAACUCUUGUCUGGACCACCUGGAGGAGAAGAACGACCACCUCCAUGCCCGCCUCCAGGAGCUGCUGGAGUCUAAUCGGCAGACACGCCUGGAAUUCCAGCAACAACUCGGGGAGGCCCCUAGUGAUGCCAGCCCCUAGGUGCUGGGAGCCCCAAACCAGGUCCCGGCCUCGCCUCUCUAGGCCAUGUUCUGGCCUAUGUAGAUACCACUUGGCUUAGACACCACCUCAGGUACUGGCCUUCAGAUCCCCCAGUGGGUCUACCCACCUGGACCAAGCCCCACUGCCCCAUCAUCCCUUCUGGAGCCAGGUGGAGCCAGCUCACUCACUUAUCCGACUGCCCAGCUCCUGUCUCUUUCCCCUCCACCCUGGAUUGAGUGUCCAUAUUAAAGAGAUCUCCCACA